GUUCCAGGGAAAGCUUUAUUUAGAUGGAGUUGAGAAAUCUUUGAGAUAACAGGCUUUGGACUGUGCUAUCUUGAGUGUUAUAGUGGAGUCGUUUUCCCACAAUCUUUAAGUCUCUUUCAAGCUAUUUUAUGAAUGAAUUAAAUUAGUGAAAUACACAUAAAUCGUCUCUUUUGGAUUGCUUACCCAGUUUAGAGAAUGUUGACUUUAAAAGGUCACAAAAUCGAAUUUUGCCUGUUGGAGUGGUAUUUCCACUUGGGAGGCUGGCCCUGGCUGAUCUCUGCAAUCCCAUCCGUCCACUCACACGCAGUUGUGAUAAGAGGGUGAAGUGUGAGCUAAAUAGGGAUGAGGCCUGGGCAAGGUCAUUUCUGCCAGAACUCCAGAGACUCCAAGAGCUCAAGGGUGCUAUAGUCCAGAGAAAGGGCCUGUCCUCGUGAAUUCAAAAAAAAAAAAAAGAAAGAAAGAAAGAAAGAAAAGAAAAAAGAAAAAAAACCCCCAAAACUUCUAUACAUAAAAAGUAAAAAUGAGGGUUCCUGUGUUUGAGGAUGCAAAAGAUGAAAUGGAAGAGGGAAAAACAGAGGAAGAGGAAGAUGAAGACGACGCGGUGUUCUUUAAGCCAGUUAUUGAAGACCUGAGGAUGGAAUUGGCCAGAAAAUGCACCAAACUCAUUAGUGAUAUUCAUUAUAAAGAAGAGUAUAAAAAGUCUAAGGACAAGUGUACAUUUGUGACUGACACUCCCAUGCUAAACCAUGUAAAAAAUAUUAGUGCUUUUAUUUCUGAGGCAAAAUACAAAGGUGCCAUUAAGGCGAAUCUCUCCAAUUCUCUUUAUAAGCAGAUGCCAGCCACAAUUGAUAGUGCCUUUGCAAGAGAAGUUACACAGCUUCAGAGUGAGGUUGCCUAUAAGCAGAAACACGAUGCUGCCAAAGGAUUCUCAGAUUAUGCCCACAUGAAGGAACCACCUGACAUCAAACAUGCCAUGGAGGUCAAUAAACACCAGAGUAAUAUUUCUUAUAGAAAAGAUGUGCAGGACACCCACACAUAUAGUGCGGAUCUCAACAGACCAGACAUCAAGAUGGCAACACAGAUCUCCAAGAUCAUAAGCAAUGCAGAAUACAAGAAAGGGCAAGGAGUAAUGAAUAAAGAGCCUGCUGUAAUUGGAAGACCAGAUUUUGAACACGCUGUGGAAGCUUCUAAACUUUCUAGUCAAAUUAAAUACAAAGAAAAAUUUGAUAAUGAAAUGAAGGAUAAGAAACAUCAUUACAAUCCUCUUGAAAGUGCUUCUUUUAGGCAAAGUCAGCUUGCCACCGCAUUGGUGAGCGAUGUGAAGUACAAGAAAGACAUUGAAAGUAUGCACGAGCCAGUCUCAGAUCUCCCAAACCUGUUUUUAGACCAUGCUUUGAAAACCAGCAAAAUGCUCAGCCGACGAGAGUAUAGGAAGCUUUUUGAGGAAAACAAAGGAAUGUAUCAUUUUGACGCGGAUGCUGCUGAACACUUGCACCAUAAAGGCAAUGCCACGCUCCAGAGUCAGGUUAAAUACAAAGAAGAGUAUGAGAAAAAUAAGGGGAAGUCAAUGCUUGAAUUUGUUGAGACACCCUCAUAUCAAGCUUCAAAGGAGGCUCAGAAGAUGCAGAGUGAGAAAGUUUACAGAGAAGAUUUUGAGAAGGAGAUUAAAGGAAGGUCAUCACUGGAUUUAGACAAGACUCCAGAAUUUUUACAUGUAAAGUACAUCACCAACCUUCUGAAAGAGAAAGAAUAUAAAAAAGACUUGGAAAAUGAAAUAAGAGGCAAAGGAAUGGAAGUUAACUCCGACGUUCUUGAUAUUCAAAGAGCAAAACGUGCAUCCGAAAUGGCUAGUGAGAAAGAAUACAAGAAGGACCUGGAGUCAAAAAUUAAAGGGAAGGGAAUGCAAGUUGGCACCGACACCCUCGAAAUACAACAUGCCAAAAAAGCUUCAGAGAUAGCUAGUCAGAAAGACUAUAAGAGAGAUCUGGAGACUGAAAUAAAAGGGAAGGGCAUGCAAGUGGGCCCAGACACUCCUGAUAUCCAGAGAGCCAAGAAAGCAUCGGAAAUGGCCAGCCAGAAAGAAUAUAAGAAAGACUUGGAAAAUGAAAUUAAGGGGAAAGGAAUGCAAGUGAGCAUGGAUAUCCCGGACAUACUGCGAGCCAAGAGGGCAUCUGAGAUCUAUAGCCAGAAAAAGUAUAAAGACAAAGCAGAGAAGAUGCUUUCUAACUAUAGCUCUGUGCCAGAUACUCCUGAAAUUCAGAGAAUCAAGACAACUCAACAAAACAUCAGUGCGGUAUUUUAUAAGAAAGAAGUAGGAGCUGGCACAGCAGUAAAAGAUACUCCAGAGACUGAACGAGUGAAGAAAAAUCAGCAGAAUAUUAGUUCAGUAAAAUACAAAGAAGAGAUGAAUCAGGCAACGGCCAUUUCCGAUCCUCCAGAGCUGAAGAGAGCUAAAGAAAACCAGAAGAACAUCAGCAAUCUCCAGUACAAAGAGCAGUGCCACAAAGCCACGCCCGUGAGUGUCACGCCAGAGAUGGAGAGGGUGAAGAGAAACCAGGAACAACUGAGUACGGUAAAAUACAAAGGAGAAAUUAAACAGGCAACUGCGAUUUCUGACCCACCAGAGCUGAAGAGAGCUAAAGAAAACCAGAAGAACAUCAGCAAUGUUUAUUAUAAAGGUCAACUGGGAAGAGCUACAGCUUUAAGUGUAACUCCUGAAAUGGAAAGAGUGAAGAAGAACCAAGAAAAUAUUAGUUCGAUAAAAUAUACCCAGGACCAUAAACAGAUGAAAGGUAGACCAAGUCUGAUUUUAGAUACACCUGGUCUGAGAUGUGUCAAAGAAGCACAAAACCAUAUUUCAAUGGUAAAAUAUCAUGAAGACUUUGAAAAGACAAAGGGAAGGGGCUUUACUCCUGUUGUAGAUGACCCCGUGACCGAGCGAGUGAGGAAGAACACGCAGGUGGUCAGUGAUGCAGCCUACAAAGGUGUCCACCCUCACAUCGUGGAGAUGGACAGGAGACCUGGCAUCAUUGUCGACCUCAAAGUUUGGCGUACAGAUCCUGGCUCCAUCUUCGACCUUGAUCCCCUGGAAGACAAUAUUCAGUCUAGAAGUCUCCAUAUGCUCUCUGAAAAGGCGAAUCACUAUAGGAGACACCGUUCCCGAUCUCACUCGAGCAGUACUUUUGGUACAGGUCUUGGAGAUGACAAAUCAGAAAUAUCCGAGAUUUACCCUAGCUUUUCGUGCUGCAGUGAGGUAACCAGACCGUCGGAUGAAGGAGCACCUGUUCUUCCUGGAGCCUACCAGCAAAGCCAUUCCCAAGGCUACGGCUACAUGCACCAGACCAGCCUCUCAUCCAUGAGGUCAAUGCAGCACUCACCAAAUCUACGGACCUACCGAGCCAUGUACGAUUACAGUGCCCAGGACGAAGACGAGGUCUCCUUCAGGGACGGCGACUACAUCGUCAACGUGCAGCCCAUCGACGACGGCUGGAUGUACGGCACCGUGCAGAGAACUGGGAAAACAGGGAUGCUCCCAGCCAAUUACAUCGAGUUUGUUAAUUAACUAUUUCUCCUUGUCUUUGAGCUUUGUUCUAAUGUAUUCGAAACCCAAUCUUUUUAAAAGAUAGAAGAUACUUUUAAGACAACUUGGCAGUUAUUUUACAAUAAUCUAUCUUCACUUUGACAAUGAGACACACAGGUACCAGGAAGAAGGGAUGACUUCUGGGCUCAGAACAGCAGCAUUUUCAGUAAUUCCUUUAAACGACAUCUUUAGGUCUGGAGGCCCGGUGCUGCUAAUUGGGUUAAUGGUUUCCUUUGAUUGGCUAUCCCACACUUCUGGGAAAUGUAUUUUUGUAGACUUUAAUAGAGAUGUUGAUUGUCCCUUAAAUGUAACAAGUCUAGGAAACUUCUUAGCUGUCACUUUGGAAUCACCAGAAGCCAAUUCUCUUAAUUCAGUCACACAGCCAAUAAUUUAAAAACCAGUUAGCUUUUGAGUCAUUAGGGAAUUUCCAACUCAAGUGAAAAUUGCCUAAUGUAAUAAAUGUCAGGAGUGGCAGAAUGAUGGUUUGGUUAAAAUUAUAUUGACUGGUGGCCUUCGGGACCUAUAAGCUUCUCCCGAUCAAAGACAUUUCCUUGUUCCCUAGGCUGACUUGGGUCUAUUUAUUUCUCAUUUGUACCAAGGCAUAUCCUACUCUCCACUUACAUUCUGUGGGCCCAAGUCUAUGCUUGACUCCAUAGAAUGUCAGGACAAAAUAACGUCACAGCUACUCAGCAAAGGGCAAGGUUUAAGGUCAUCUCUAUUAUUUCCCUAAGAGCUUUUACCCCGUUGCAUGUCACGUAGGUUCAAGCUUCUGUAACAUAGGCAGCUGCACUGCCCAUCCCUGUUAUUAAAGCAAAAGUGAGGCUGAUAACCUAACAGCCCUUUCCUCUAGUCGCCAGCUCAUCAGAAAAACACACUUUGAAAAGUUGCUUGAGAUUCUCCUGCUGCCUUGCACUCUAGUUUCGAAGGAUUUACAUCUUUAGGAAAUAGAUGCCUACUCUAGCAAAUAAGUGAUUUUGAUGUUUAUUGAGCAGCUUUCAUUAACUUAAUGCUGCUGUUGAUUUAAAAGUAAAGAAAACUUAAUAGGAGCCAGUGACGACAAAGUGUACGAGAGACAACCAGUGAACAAAACGUCACCCACUCUGCAUAGAGAUGAUCGGGGUUUUUUUUAAUUUUGGAAAAUGCUAUUCACAUCCAGGAAUGGAAAUCUAGCCACUGAAUUCAGUUAAUGAAAAGACUCCUUUUCUACUUUCUUCUGGUUUUUACUUUCUAAACCAUAUUUGGUGGGGGUGACGGGGUGCAGGAUGAAAAUGUCAGCAGAGAUUUUAGGUCUCGGCCCAACAGGUUGCUCACUAAACAAGAAAUUGUUGUCCCAUCUUGUAUUUGGAAUGUAAGACCCUGCAGGCACUUCCUGGAUUCACAGCAGUGCCAUAGCCCUUGCUGGCGGGUCGUAAGGACUGGCCUGUAGUCCACAGUCAAGGUCACUGGAGAAAUUAACAUCUGUCAGCGACUCUGUUUUCCUGAUGUGUUUGGACUUCAGCAGGGUAGCGUUCAUGUGGGGCCUGACUCUGCAGUUGUGACGAAGCUGCAAAAACAAAGGUAUAAAAGUGUGAUAAAAUAUAUAGAUCUUGGGGAUAUCUCCCUUAUAUAGUAUAGGCAAAGAAAUUAAUGAAAUAUCCUGUAAAAUACAUUUUACAAAGUGUUUAGGAGUCCAAAAACAAAUGCUAAUUCAUUUACACUUUUGAAAAGUUAGCACCUACUUUUGAAAAUCUAGAGUUUCAUUUUAUCUGGCUGAAAGAGCAAAUAAGCUUUAUUACACUUAAGCUGCAUCGGCAGGGCACUCACAUAAAAAGAGAGGCGAGAAAUUCAGGUAAAAAACUAGAGAGUUUUUUGAAGGGUUUUACAGAUGCCUACCUACCCAGCUGGACUGAUUUUCUAGUAUUGAAAUGGCCAGUUGUGAUUAAAUUAACCCCGUAUCUGUUUUGAUGUCAUGUACACAAACCAACAAAGACAAGCUGAACUUGCGACAUUCUUGCAAAAAAAAAUUUCUGUGCAUUAAAACUGGGAUAAUAAACUUGCCCAAUUUUAUUAUAUCAUUAAGUAAAUAUUUAUGUUUCACCCAGACCACUUUUUUUUUGUAAUUAUGAAAAAGAGUAGUUGUUGAUUAAAGUUGCAGACUAAAUGUAGGACAGGUACAAUUUUUGAAAAAUAGCACAUUUAUAGAAAGCUCAAAGCACACGGAUUUGAAAUGCUCCUUUUAAUCGGGAAAAGUCCCAUAAAGUAGCAGCUGGUUGUUCCAUUGUCUUUCUCAUCCACUAAUUUCAAAAUCAGAUUCACGGAAUGUGGAAGUCCAUAAUUAUUAGAGGGAUAAUUCUAAAAUUUUAAGCUUUGCAUAAUGUUUGCAUAGCAGGAUGUUUCUGCUUCCAGCCUCUAGGAAUUAAGGUCCGCUCAGAAUUUAACCAGAGAGCAGUUAUUUUAUAAUAAAGACUGCGGGAGAACAUGAUGUCACGUGCUCCUGACGCAUCACUGGGUAGUGUUGUCACUGUUCCUAAAGCUUGCCGAAUAUGGAGCAUUUCAGCAGAAAUAUCGGAAACAUCUAUGUAUAAUACCAAAGUGCUAUUUUUACAGCAUCAUUUUUCAAAACCACAUUCUUGGACAAUUUUUCCGCUUUGCACAUGGCCCCCUCCCCUCAAUUUGGCAACAUGCAUCUCGUACAUAAAUAACACUAACGGCUGAAGAAGGGCGUAAACAAAUCUGUCUUUUAGAAAUCAAGCUAAAGGCUGUGAAAUGUCCCAGCACAGAGAGCAUGCACCUGAUUCUCCGAACGUGAUGCGUUCUCAGGCCUGAUAAAGCACACGGAGCGGGUUGAUAACGUUUUUACGAGGUUCCGAAAACAAAACUGUAUGCGGAUCAUCUCUCUCUUGAGAGAAGCAGAGCAGGGGAAUAGAUGACUUUGGUUGUACGUUUUUGUAGUCCAUGUUCUUACUAAUUCCCGCGCUCUAGAAAAGCUUUCUAUUUCUAACCUGUGGCCAAAUGAGUUCUCCACGUCUUCUUGUUCUUGUUUCCACACCUGCAGUGUAGCCUGGUUUGAAAUAUUUAUCUGGUUGUCAGAUCCCCACGCCAUCCCUGCCUCUUCUCAGGCUUCCCCACCUCCAGAGACCAUACGGGAAUUUGCAAGCACAAUUUCUACGGGCACCUUGGCUGAACAUGGAUGAGAUUAGAGAAGCCCCUCUCUCGUCACUAGGUUCAUUGCUUGAAGAUAAUGAAGACGCAGUUAGGGCAGGUUGACCACAGUCUUUCUUCCCUUGUCCUCUCCCGGGUAGGCGUGACAACAGUCUGGGAGAUGGGGAAAGAGACUUUUCUAGAACAGGGAAGUUCAGGAGGUGCAUCUCUUUUUUCAGGUGUGUUCACCUCCAGUGAAAUAUUUUCAGUGAAAAGAUAAAGAAAAUGGGUGUGAUCCUUUAAAAACGCAUCCCUGUAUGAAGUGGAUAUAGUUUAUACCAAAAUUAUAAUAUAGAUAUAUUUAAAAAAAGGUGCCUUUUUGAUUACCCUGGUUUAUCCAUGAUGGUCUUGGAAAGAAAACUGAGCAAGCAAGCUUCUUGUCUAUUCUAUAGUAAUAUUUUAUUAUACAUGAUUGGUAUUUUUGUGGUGGGGAAGUGAGAUGCUCCUGACAGAUAUGAAAGGUGAUAGCUGAUUGUAUUUUCACCUCUAAAGGUGUUGAACUUUAGAAAAUACUGAACUUUCCUAUCUAUUUCUGAAAAGUUCUUUGUGGAUUUAUAUACAGUCAGGAUGCAUUAAAGUUAACUUUAGGUUUGAGACUUAAAAUAUCUAUUGUAAGAUAGAAGAAUUAUGUUAUGAGGCUGAAUUCAUUACACAAGAUGAAAUUCACUUCAUAAAUUUCAUUAUACCUUAGCUAUUUGCUUCUGAUAAUCUAAAAGCGGCUAGAGUGUGGGUAUUUUGGAUAACGAGACACAGAGGCGAGAAAGCUUUAGUUAAGUAAGAAGCUUUGUAAAGUAAGUUAAGAAUGCUAAAAGGAAAGUCUCUUUCUGAAGUAUUCCAUGCCCAUUAAGGUCCUUUCCAGGCAACCCAUUGUCAACUACUGAUGAUCAAAAAAAAAAAAAAAUCAAGAUAUUAUAGGAUGUUUCUGUGGCCAUCAUUUCACAAUGUUUAGACUACUGGAAUCCACCAGCCUGGAAGGAUCCCCAGGACAGAUUUCUCCCGUUGUCCAUAUUACUUCUGUAUAUUCAUGGAAUUCCAUAUGCUUUUUGCAUUUGACACCUGGUAUCCAGUUGGCAUAGUAUCUACUUCUUUGUAAUCCAGUUGCUGUUAAGAAUGAUUGACUUUGAAGGAAAAAAGAAAACUGCAUCCGAGUCCCAUUCUUCAGCGUCCAUACAAUGAAUGACGGAGCAUUUAGAAGCAGCACUGAGUGUGCUGUGGGCGUGGUGUGGAAAUGUUGGCCUUUCACCUGUGAUAAGAAUACAAAAUUGAAUCAUUGCGCAGCGUGGCUUCUGUCUGCUUCAGAAAUGUGGUUGAUGAUGAACUUGCAAGAGUGUCCUAACUUUGAGAGCAUACAGUUUCAAUGGAAACACUUCAUGUUUUGAAGAUGAAGGGGCUUAUAGAAUGAUACAAUGUUAUUAACAUAAUUUGGCUUUUGUUAUGCAAAUUAACACCAGCUAUUAAAAUCUAUUUUAGUAGAACUGCUUUAAUUCAUGUUUUCUUUCCUCUACACUGUGAAUCUUUAAGCCUUGGUGGACUAGAGCAACAUCGUGCUGCCCAAAGGACUAACCUAUGCAAACUAGUUCACAUUUUAGUGGAUGUCACAGUAAUUGUGUGAUAAGACAUUACUUCCCCCCUGCAUAAUGUACAGCGGCAUCGAAAUCAACAUUAAGCCUAGCAUCAUGUAUGUAUAGUAUAGUCACUCACACGCCCUUCAAGGCUACUAUAAUCAGUAGUAGUAUUAUUUGUUUAAAAGCAAAUCGCCGAGUUAUCUAUUAGAUCUACUUGAACGAUGUCAGAACAAGAAUGGCAGACGGACGUGUCGGCCGUGGCUUCAACGUGGUCACUGCAAGUGUUCUCCUGUGAUCAAACUGUGUUCGGAUGCACUCUCUUCAGGGUUUUAUUAUUCUGUGUCUUUCUGUAUUUGUAAAACAUUAUAACGCUCUAAUUUUCCUAUCUCUACACAUUCGGUUUGCUUAAAUAAAUGCAGGAUAUAACAAAAUG